AAAUCAAACGUGUUCAUGUCAACCUUCUAUAUAUUAACACACCAUAGAAACCACACAUAAGGAAAAAAAAACAACAACAACAAUUAACUGCAUCCCAACCAAACAUGGCAGAUCCUCAGAAAAUUCAUCCUGUCCAUGAUGUGGAGGCACCAAACCACCCUUCAGCACCAUUGGUUCCUAGAACCAUGUCUAAGUCUGAUGCUGGUGAUCCAGCGAAUGUUGAGCAUCACCCUUCACAAACACAACAACAAGCUCUACCUGUGAUGCACUCAAAGCCACCAAAGAAAAGAAGAAGCUGUUGCUGCAGGUUUUUGUGUUGGAUGGUAAGCAUAUUGCUGAUUCUCAUUGUAGCUAUUGGCAUCACUAUUGGGAUACUAUUCCUUGUGUUUAGACCAAAGCUUCCAAAAUACUCGGUGGAUGAACUUGGAGUUACCCAGCUUGAAACUUCAAACAACAAUAGUUUAUCUGUUACUUUCAACUUGACAAUCACUGCUAGAAACCCAAACAAGAAGAUUGGAAUAGACUAUAGAGGUGGGAGUCACAUAAGUGCAUGGUACAUGGACACAAAACUAUGUGAAGGGUCCUUACCAAAAUUCUACCAAGGUCACCGUAACAUUACAGUGCUUAGUAUACCUUUGAAGGGUCAAACACAAGAUGCUAGUGGCUUGCAAAAUACCCUUCAGCAACAGCUUCAAGAAACAGGUAAUGUUCCUCUCAAUUUGAAGGUUAAACAGCCUGUGAGGAUUAAGCUUGGGAAGUUGAAGCUGUUCAAAGUCAAGUUCAGGGUUAGGUGCAGAAUUGUGGUGGACAACCUUAGUGCUAAUAAUUCUAUUAGGAUUCGGAGCAGUAGUUGUAAAUUCAGGUUUAGGCUGUGAAUUCAUCAUUAGUGCAUAUUCAUUAUUAUAGAUAGUAGAAUAUGCCAAUUGCUUUUGUCACUACGAUUUGUUUCAUUUCUUUUAUUAUGGUCUCUGAUUGAGAUUUGCUUUGAGAUCAUGAGAUGGAUUUUUCUUUCCAUCGGCACUUUUAGAUACUGCUCUUGUACUUUUGAUCCUGUUUUUUCAGCCACUUCUCUUACAUAUUAUAUACAGCAUAUAUUGCUAUUCUAUAUGUAUGAUAUCAGAUAUUGUUAAACUUUUAUUCACUCCAUCUUGACAUGUAAAUACAAUACCUCAUAAAC